AUGGGUGUCCUCAUCACAUUCAUCAACUCGAUACAAGAAUCCAUAGUGCAGAAUCAUCAUGAUUAUAAAAUACUCAUCAUCGUAUCAUUCAUCAUCUCCACUUUAUCACCUUUAUUAUUCUAUUUCAUAAAAUCAAAUAAAACCAUAAAACCAUUACCUUCCAAAUUAGCAAAUAAUAAAAAUAGAUCUCCUGGUAAAUGGACACCAGAAGAUUACAAAUUACCAACCCCAAAACCUUUUGAAGAUUGGGAUAUCCAAAAUACAAAACCAAUCCCAUAUCGUGCUUUCAAACAUAAAUAUAAUGUCACAAUGGGUAUAAGAUCAAUGGAUCCAAAUGAAUGGAUCCAAUUAGAUAAUGAAUGGCCAAAAUAUCAUGCCUUGAAGCAAAAAAGAUUUAAAGAAAAGGGAAUAGAUGUUUAUGGUACUUUACCUGAAGCUUAUAACGCUUCAAUGGAAUUAAUCCUAGAAUUAUCAAAUUAUUUAUCAAAUAGAUAUCCAACUUUAUUCCAAUUUAAAAACGGUGUCUUGAAAAAUCUAUACAAUGAUGAAGAAUACAACAUUUUAAAACCUGAUCAUGAUCCUAUUUAUAUUGCCGCUAAUUUAUUACAAGAUGAUAUUGCCAUAAUGAUUGAACAACCUGAUGGUCAAUACUAUUUGAAAUCAGGUGCUAUUGCCCUUGCUGGGUUUUGGAGAUUCAAAGAUAAAGUCAACUUACCACUAUCUGCAAUCCACACCACUGGUGAUGUUCCUAAAUACAACACCCAUUUGAAAAAAGGUAUGGAGAAGUUUUUCACAAGAUUAACUCCAGAGGCACCAGUGGUUAGAAACAAUUAUUUCAUUCAAACUGAUGGUGAAUUGGAUUGGAGUUCAAGUAUUGGUGAUGAAAAAAAUGAAAAUGUUGGUUGGUAUACUGCACCAAAAGCUACAGAUAUUAAUCAAAUCUAUUAUAGAUCUGAAAGACAAAGUGUUAGAAGAUUGCCAAUCUCCGGUGCUGUUGUCUUUACAAUCAGAACUUAUUUCGUGCCAAUGGUUGAUAUUUGUAAAGAACCUUAUGUCCCAAUAAGAUUAUUAGAUGGUAUUAAUUCUUGGACUGAGGAUGUUAAAGAAUAUAGAGGUUAUGAAAAAUUCAUUGAUGUUGUUAAGCCUUAUUUAGAGGAGAAAGUUAAAGAGCAAGAAGCUAUGGGUUAUACAAGAGAAAAUGAAGUUGAUAAAUAUCCUUUAUAG